UCCGGGACAAACUUUGGUCGUCCAACCAAUUUGCGUUCUCACUCUAUUUACUUCCUGUGCCGUAAAUUGACCCUACUGAAAAAUAUGCGCUGAUUGUUCUGCAGAAUUUAGAAGAUAAAUGCCGUAGAAUCAAUCUUACCCGUGUUUUUGUUUACAUCAAGAUUAAAUACUUACUAAAUAAGUAUGACGGCAACUGGAAAUGUCCAAUGUUGUAGCCAAUCAGUUGAAGAGGCUUUUUUAAUAGCUUCAACAAAUGAAUCACGCUUCAUACUUGAGACGCCACCUCCUGAUGUUGUGGCGUCAAUUUCACGAUAUUUCGAUGAUACGCUUGCCUCAAACGAACAGACAAACGGGGACAACCUACGUCAUGUUAUUACUGACUGUACUCGGUCUUCAGCAGACAGCGAUUCUGGGGACAGCUUUUUCAUAACCCAGCACCCAUUGCCAGAGGCGGUGAGGUCAGUGAGAAGGCACCAGUCAAAGUGCAGGCCAGGACCCAGAUGUUCCAGAGAGCAGUUAGCGGAUGGGGAGGAGGACGGGUCUUCCAGUCCCCAUAUCAAGUCCACCUCAACUCCUGGGAAGUCUUGCAAGGCUGGCAGAGGGUGGUACACUAGGAAAUGCACUCUCAAAAAGUACUCCUUUCCCUUCCUUGAGAGGGAUUAUCAAAAUAAACAACACAGGAUACGCCGGAAGUCUUCUAGAGCCAUGAAAACCAAAAAGCAUGUAGCACUUGUGAGGUCAGCAGUUGGAGGUUUUCUGAAAUGUGUUGAGGCAUUAGAGAAGGGAAGUUCCUCCCUGUUGGCGUGCAUUGAUGAUGGCGACGUGUCCUCUCUAUCUGAACUGGAGGAGGAUGAUGAUGAGGAUGAUGAUGAUGAUGACGACAUCAGAGUGGUGGAAACAGAACUGUUCACUUCGCUGAUUCAAGAGCAAGACAGACAAGCUUGGUACACUCCUCCAUGUAGGAGUACGGACAACAUAGCAGCCAGUACUCAGUUAGCAGCCAGUAAGCAGUUGAAUGGGCUCAACUCGAGUACGGGAGGAUCUCUCACUGGAAGCCAUGUUCACCAAGAGAAGAAGAAGAAGGCUACAGAGAACUUUCGUAGGUCUAGCCGCAUUAAUACUAAAUGUUCCGUCAAGACAACAGGAACAGUGAACAUCCAUAAAGCCAAUGAAAACAUACCUCACCCAGGCAGUGGAGAAAUUGACUCAAAUACAGGAGGAUCUCCCACUGGAAGCCAUGUUCACCAAGAGAAGAAGGAGAAGGCUAGAGAGAGGUCUAGCAGCAGGAAGACUAAAUGUUCCAUCAAGACAACAGGAACAGUGAACAUCCAUAAAGCCAAUGAAAAGAAGAAGAAGAAGAAGAAGGCUACAGCGAAACCUCAGAGGUCUACCUGCAGGAAUACUCGUUUUUUUUCCGUCAAGACAACAGGAACAGGGAACAUCCAUAAAGCCAUUGAAAACACACCUCAUCCGGACAGUGGAGAAAUUGAGGAGAACGUGCUGGCUCCCAACGAGAUGCAAAGGACAUACUUUGAUUAUCUUGCCCUACAAAAUGUCAAAGACGGCAGAAGGGAUCACGUCGAGAUCCCGCAGGAACACAGGCCAAAAGAGAGGCACGACAAGCCCUUAGAAGCUUCGGACUUGACAAGCGUCCGUACAAAUAUCGAAGGGGAAGUAGAUGCCGCCCCACAUUGCGAGACGGUUCAAAAGAAGGGCGAGGAGGAAGGUGUGAGCACCGCAGAUGCCGGCCACGUGGAAGCGACCGGUGUAGUCGUCUCCCAGUGGGCCACGGCUGAACAGGCUGGGGCCUUACCUGGUGGUGGAACCAUGGAGCCCAGGGAAAAGAAAAGGAAGAAGAAGAGGAGGAGGGCGGCUUCACCGUCUCAUGAGGAUGAUGGAGUGGGGCCGGAAGAAGGGAGGGGUCCAUCAUCUCCUUCGGUGGAAGACGUUGAGCCAAGGGGAACGAAAAGGAGGACAAAAGAUAAGCCUGCCCAUACGUCCUUAGAGGAAAUACCAGGAAAAGACACUGCGGUGGUUGAGGAGCCUUUAACGGAAUCUACAUAUGACACGGUUGCACGGAGCGCAGGUGCCGUUUCUUUGAAGAAAGUGAGGGAUCCCGCUCUCCGCGGCGACGCAGCCGCCAAGGGGCUGGACCAGGAGUCGGUUCCUCAGGUCACAGGGCGGGGAGAUGACGUGUCGACGCUGGAUGUAGACACAGCAGAGGAACACCUGGAGCAGGAUCCUGCUGGACCGUCUCCCGACACCCUACUGGGCUCCGCAUCGGAAUUCUGUGACACUGGGUCACAGAAGAAGAAGAGGAAGAAGAGGAAGCGUCGAAAUACGGACGGCGAGGUGGAGGCCCCCGCAGGCACGGAGGAGUGGGAUGGAGAGAACCGAGAACACGAUGAAGCUCAUGAGAUCCCUCGGACGCAGAAGAAUAAAUCGAAAGGCUCACUUGCUGGCGUCCACGAGGACACGGCAGCCACACAGGAGACGGAGGGAACUGAAAUACCAACACAUAAACAGAAGGUUUUGCCACGCGAGAAAGAGAAAAGGACAAAGCCGUCCACUCAGGUGGAUCCUCUCGACAGACGGCAGCGUGACGCUGAUGUCAGCCAUAAUCCAAGCAUGUCCGUUCAUGAGUCGACUCUGAAAGAGGAUGAAGGCAAGAAGUCACAUGACCUCAGGACCGAAUCUGAGCAGACAACCAUUUCUAAGGAGAGGAAAAGAAAGAAGGAACAUGUCCAUAAUGAAGCAGGAGAGGAAAAGGAGGUGGAAGAUGCAGUCAUAUCCACAGGGACAACUCCCAGCUGUGUGGUGGAGUCGCUUAGAGAAGAGAGGAGUAUGAGGAAGAAGAAGAAGAAGAGGAGAAAGGAUUCGGUUUCCGCUGAUGGCACAGAAGGACACAGAGGGGACGUGGUGUCUGAAGGGACAUGUGACAUUUUACCAGUGAUGCAUCCAGUGUUAUCUCAGACUGAUGAAACAAUAUUACCUGACAGUAAGACUGACGAGAAAAAGAAACCUAAAUACAAAAGGAGACUGCAUAACCCAAACCAAGAUUUCUUUGUUACAUAGCAUUACUAACUUGACAUCUUUGUUUGUCUAGGUGUCCUGCUCUUUAUUUUCACGUUUUCAGUGUUAGUUUCUCUGUUGAAAAAGACCGUUUUGUAAUAGGUGUCUCACA